ACUGGAAGCAAAAGAAAGAGAGAGAGAGAGAGGCGGAAAGAACGAAGAAGGAAAAGAGAAGGGGGGGCUUCAGUCUAUUGAUCUUUAAAGGAGAAGAUGGUGAUGUUGUUGAACCAGUAUCUCUUCGGAGGGAUCGUGGCUUCGAUUCUAGGGUUCCUUCUCCUCUCGCAAUUCUUCCGCAGAGGAAAGAAGAACAAGGUCAAUAAUGAGGAGAAGAUGGCUGGCGAGGUUGUUGAGAUGACGUCAUCACGAGACGGGGAUUGUGGGUCCCGCGACGGGCCUGACGUUGUUGUCGUCGGCGCCGGAGUCGCCGGAUCGGCCCUUGCCUAUGCGCUUGGAAAGGAUGGGCAGCGAGUGCAUGUAAUUGAGAGAGAUUUGACAGAACCUGAUAGAAUUGUUGGUGAAUUGUUACAACCUGGAGGCUACUUGAAACUAAUUGAGCUGGGCCUUGAGGAUUGUGUGGAUGAAAUUGAUGCCCAGAGGGUACUUGGGUAUGCUCUUUUCAAGGAUGGUAAGGAUACCAAAUUGUCUUAUCCCUUGGAAGAAUACCAUUCAGAUGUUGCAGGUAGGAGUUUUCACAAUGGGCGGUUUAUUCAAAGGAUGCGAGAGAAAGCUGCGUCUUUGCCCAAUGUCCAGUUGGAGCAGGGAACUGUAACAUCUUUGAUUGAAGAGAAUGGGACAGUUAAGGGGGUGUCAUACAAAUCCAAAUCUGGUGAAGAACUCAAAGCUUAUGCACCUCUUACAAUUGUAUGUGAUGGUUGCUUCUCAAAUCUGCGGCGUGUUCUCUGCUCUCCAAAGGUGGAUGUACCUUCUUGUUUUGUUGGUUUGGUCCUUGAGAACUGUGAGCUUCCAUAUCCAAACCAUGGGCAUGUUGUCUUGGCUGAUCCUUCUCCGAUACUAUUUUAUCCUAUAAGCAGCACCGAAGUCCGGUGUUUGGUUGAUGUACCCGGCCAGAAAGUGCCUUCUAUAGCAAAUGGUGAAAUGGCUAAGUACCUGAAGACUGUCGUAGCUCCUCAGGUCCCAGCUAAGCUGCAUGAUGCUUUUAUUUCAGCCAUUGAUAGAGGAAGCAUAAGAACUAUGCCAAAUAAGAGUAUGCCAGCUGCUCCAUAUCCAACUCCUGGAGCCCUUUUAAUGGGGGAUGCAUUCAACAUGCGUCAUCCUUUAACAGGUGGAGGAAUGACUGUGGCAUUGUCUGAUAUAGUUGUUCUUCGAAAUCUCCUCAAGCCUUUGCCCAAUCUCCAUGAUGCUGCUUCCCUGUGCAAAUAUUUAGAAUCCUUCUAUACCUUGCGCAAGCCAGUGGCUUCUACGAUAAACACCUUGGCUGGUGCCUUGUACAAGGUAUUCAGUGCCUCACCAGAUCAAGCAAGGAAUGAGAUGCGUCAAGCCUGUUUCGAUUAUCUCAGCCUUGGUGGUGUGUUUUCCAAUGGACCUGUUGCUUUGCUAUCUGGUCUUAAUCCUCGUCCAUUAAGCUUGGUUUGCCACUUCUUUGCUGUUGCAAUCUAUGGUGUUGGCCGUUUAUUGCUGCCGUUUCCUUCUCCCAAGAAGCUAUGGAUCGGUGCAAGAUUGAUUUCAGCAGCUUCAGGGAUCAUUUUCCCGAUAAUAAAAGCCGAAGGGGUUAGGCAAAUGUUCUUCCCUGCAAGUGUUCCUGCAUACUAUAGAGCUCCACCUGUUAAAUGACAAAUGGAAACAGUGCUCCCAAUGCCGGGCGAUUUAAGUCAACUGUGUCUCAUUUGUGAAGAGUACAACUCAUAAUUCCCUAUAUUUGUAAUGGUACAUGUAUGUUAUUCGUUUUAACCUUGGUUGCAUUUAUCCUGGUUUUGGGACAUCCAAUAGUCAUGUUCCUGUUUUAUGCAUGUCGUAUUUGUAUUUAGACGGUAAUUUAAUGCACGGACGAUGUCAAGCAAAAUUGUGGUUCUUGUGCUGAAGGUCUUGAAAACUGUACAAAACGCAAAUUGAUAGGACAAAUUUCUAC